AUGUUGUAUUUGAUUGGGCUUGGGUUGUCACAUGAGACCGAUAUCACUGUGCGUGGACUCGAAACGGUCAGGAAGUGUAAGCGUGUGUACUUAGAAGCUUAUACUUCCAUCUUGAUGGCUGCAGACAAGGAAAGUCUAGAAAAAUUCUAUGGAAAGGACAUCAUUUUGGCCGACAGAGAGUUGGUAGAGACUGGUGCUGACCAGAUCUUGGAGGGAGCUGAUCAGGAUGACAUCGCCUUUUUGGUGGUUGGUGACGUUUUCGGUGCUACCACCCACACAGACUUGGUGAUCAGAGCAAGAGAGUUGGGCAUCCCAUUUGAGCUGAUUCACAAUGCAUCGGUGAUGAACGCUGUUGGUGCCUGUGGUUUGCAGUUGUACCAGUUCGGUCAAACUGUUUCUUUGGUGUUUUUCACUGAUUCUUGGAAGCCAGACUCGUUUUACCAGAAAGUCAUGGAGAACAGAAGAAUUGGAUUGCAUACCUUGUUGCUUUUGGACAUAAAAGUCAAGGAACAGAGCAUCGAGAACAUGGCCCGUGGCCGUUUGAUCUACGAACCUCCUCGCUACAUGGAUAUUGCCACUGCUGCCCAGCAGUUGUUGGAGAUAGAAGAGUUGAGAAACGAAAAGGCCUACACUCCGGACACGCCAUGUGUGGCCGUUUCCAGACUUGGUUCGCCUACCCAGAAGUUCAAGGCUGGCUCUUUGAAGGAAUUGGCUGAGUAUGAUGCAGGUGAACCCUUACAUUCUUUGGUGAUGUUAGGCAGACAGGUGCACGACUUGGAGCUCGAGUACUUGUACCAGUUUGUGGAUAACAAAGAUAGUUUUAAGGCUUUGGUGGAAGCAGACCAGGAGUACUUUAAGCCACCACCAUACGUUGCUCCUGAGGAGGAUAUGAGCGACGACGAGUAG